AUGGAUAACAAAAGUUUACGGUUUUCUUCAAUCUUGAUUGCUCUUAUCAUUGUCUUCUAUGCACCUUUUGCUAUCGCUCAAGAAGUUGAUGAUGAAAGUGAGUUCACUUACGAUGUGAACAGUCCAAACGGGCCGGAUCAUUGGGGAGAGAUCCAUCCCGAGUGGAGCAUGUGUAACCAAGGAGACUUGCAAUCACCCAUUGAUCUUACACAUAAAAGGGUUCAAACAACUUCGAAUCUUGGAAGACUUGAUAGAGAUUAUAAGCCUGCAAACUCAACUCUUAUUAAUAGAGGUCACGAUAUGAUGUUGAGAUUUGUUGGAGGAGCAGGACAUAUUCAUAUAAACGGUACUGAGUAUCAACUUAACCAGCUUCAUUGGCACACCCCUACAGAACACACCAUCAAUGGCCGAAGAUUCAAUCUAGAGUUACACAUGGUUCAUGAAAGUACAAAUGGAAAAAUUGCAGUAGUUGGAAUCAUGUACAAGAUCGGUCGUCCUAAUUCUCUUCUAUCAAUGAUGGAACCAUUUUUUAAAGCCUUAGCUUCUACGAGAGAUGUUGAAAAAAGUGUUGGAAUAAUCGACCCACGAAAAAUUAAGAUUGGUAGCAGAAAAUAUUAUCGAUAUAUUGGCUCACUUACUACUCCUCCAUGCUACCAAAAUGUUAUUUGGACCAUUGUUAAGAAGGUAAGAACAAUUUCACGAGCACAAGUGCAUGCAAUCCGCAAAGCUGUUCAUGACGAGGCAGAGGCUAAUGCAAGACCCAUCCAACCAUUGAACAACCGUUGGUUGAAGCUUUAUAGACCAGACGACCAUCAAAAUUAUUAA